CUAAAACAUGCAUAGAGCGCUGGACGACGAAUUCGACACUCUAUUGGGGAAGUGCCGGAAUUUCGUGGCAUUUAUGGAUGGGAAGAUGUCUUGCAUUCAGAAGUCAAUGCAGGAAGCUACGGAAGCGAUCGGACGGCGGGGCAAUGGGUGGGAGAGUGUGAAUAUUUUCUCCCCUCCCAUUACUUGCGAGAUCCUGCGCGGACUCCAGGAGCAGUCGACACCACGAGAACUGUCGUACGCUAAUUACAUCCGCAAGCACAUGUACAAGAUUGAGGAGAUAUCCAAACACGAGGGCUUCGACCCUGAUUGGUUUAUGAAGCUGUUAGAAGAGGAGAUCACACGUGUCUAUGUUAUGCCAAACGGAGGUAUACAGGCAGCACUCGAGCUGUAUCUCGACGUAAAGAUCGAUAUUCUCCAAUCGCCGGGCGAAACCAUAAGUUGCAUGACGCAAUACCAUGAACAGAUAACCCAAAAAAUCUGCGACAUUCUCCAGAUUCUCAUCUACCAAGGCCGCCCGUUUCUCAACCUCGCUCGAACUUGCCGAAGGCUCCGAAAACGAAUGGACCGGAAUGAGUGUGGAGGAGACGGAAGUGACAAGUGCGUAUACAACCUACUCUUACCCACGUUGGACAUGCUGCAGCGCUAUUCAUAUACCGAAAUACAAGAAAAUGUCCAUAAUGCCAUUGGACACCGCUUGCCUGCCGAGCUCACGCAUCUAGUGUUCGAAUACACUAUGGCCUCCGAAGAAGUUCCACUCGACCCAAGGAUCUUCGUAGCUGCGAAGCACAAAGACAUAACAAUUCGUUCCCGGAAAGCACGCCAGGCCUGUAGACACUACAGACCUGCUUGUCGAGACUAUAUGCUUCUGUCCGAAGACCGAUAUUACACUUAUGGACCGAAUUGGAUCGAGACUAUCCCCGAAUUCCCGCACCAUGAUCCGUCGAAAAGAGAGGAGGAGCUAGAUUCUUUAAAGCAUAACGCAUAUCUAAUAUGGUAGGGCAUUUAUUGUACGAGAGAAGUCGGGCGUUGAUAUGGGACCUGCCAAAAUGGAACUUCGGGCUGUGUUGAUUUCUUUCACGGUUGCAAGUAUCCGAGCACGCCCGACACGCUGGAUACUAACUUGGCGUCUUUGCCGACUAUGCCGCGUCUUGUCAAUAAACUAAGUCCUGCAUUCUCAGACUUAAAAAAGCUUCAUCCUCGAGUUCAAC